AUGGGUGGCAAGGGAGGAGGAGGCGGAGGGGGUGGAAAGGGCGGCGGCGGAGGAGGUGGCGGCGGCGGAGGCAAGGGUGGUGGAGGUGGAGGCAGGAGCGGCGGCGGCGGAGGAGGAAAGGGAGGCGGCUCCGGGUCCGGGGGAGCUCAUGGCUCCGGCUCGGCCAAGUCUGGCAGUGGCGGCCAUGCCGGUCACGGAGGCGGCGGCGCAGGGAAGGCGAGUGCCGGUGGCUGUGGCGGCGGGAUGAUGAAGGCUCCCGGCGGCGACGGCGGGUGCAUCUCCCGCUCCGAUUUCGAGUCCAACCCCCAGGGAUACUUCCAGGGCCUCCACCAGGGAGGCAAGUAG